AUGACGGACACGGUCUGGGACGAAGAGACGCAGACGUUCCACGGCGGCCAGGACUGGAAGUUCCUGACCAACUUUGUCGAGGACUUUAGCGUCACGACGAAUGGCCUCGGCACGCCCGCCGGUGCGCUCACAGCCGCCACCGACGCCGUGCACACGAUCCACCACUACCCGCCGGCCGACUUCCAGCCCGCGCUCAGCCACCUCUCGGCCUUUGUGUGGCCGGAGGACAAGGCGCUCAAGAACAUGGAGCUGCUCCUCCUCGGCAACGGCGCGUCCGAGCUCAUCGACCUCGUCAUUCGGUCGGUGCCCAAGGGCGGGUGGCGCCCGGGUGGCACCUUGACGCAGUACAAGGAGUACGAGCGGUCGGCGAACGCGGACGAGCGCCCGACGCUGGCGUGGAACGACCCGUCGGCUGUCCUCACGUGUCUUGUGAACCCGACCAACCCGACCGGCGACUACAUGCCGGUGGACGAGAUGAAGGCGUACAUUGAGACGCACUGCCCGGACAACCACACGAUCAUCAUCGAUGAAAGCAUGCAGCCGUGGGUCGGCCCGCACUGGCGCAGCGACAGUUUGAUCCACCAGCGCGAAUGGGUCGCGCACCUCUCGGCGACGCGCAAGAUUGACGUGUGGGUCAUGACGAGCUGGACCAAGAUCUGGUCGUGCACGGGCCUCCGCAUCGGGUCGGUGGUUGCACCCUCGGCCGCGCACGCCGCCGCCAUCAAGCGCAAGCAAGUGCCGUGGUCGCUCAACUCGAUGGCGCUCGCGUUCAUCUCGGCGGUCGUCAAGGACGACGCGUACAUGAACGAGACGUGGAAGGUGACGCCGGCGUGGCGCGCCAACCUCGGAUCGCAGCUCGCCAAGCACUUUCCUUCCUGGACGGUCCACGGCAAGCCGUACCUCUCGUGGGUCUGGGUCGACACCAAGUCGGUCGAGGUCGCGGCCGAAGCCACACGCCUCUCCAAGCUCCACGGUGUGCCGGUCCGGUCCGGCGCGCCGGGCUACAACCUCCCGACGUACGUGCGCAUUGCGGUGCGCAAUGCGACGCAGACCAACGUGCUUUUGCAAGCAUGGAAGUCGCUCUGGGAGCAAAACUAA